UGUGUGCAGGUCUUAGUGAAUUAUGCUAGGUCAGCGCAGGAGGCUGAAGACGUUUCUAAACAGAUUGAAGCAUUUGGUGGCCAGGCUAUUACUUUCGGGGGUGAUGUCUCGAAAGUGGCUGAUGUGGACGCCAUGAUGAAAACCGCGAUUGAUGCAUGGGGAACUACUGAUGUCGUUGUUAACAAUGCAGGAAUUACUCGGGAUACCUUGUUGAUACGAAUGAAGAAGUCCCAAUGGGAUGAAGUGAUUGAUUUGAAUCUCACUGGAGUAUUCCUCUGCACCCAGGCAGCAACAAAGAUCAUGAUGAAGAAGAGAAAGGGAAGAAUCAUCAACAUAGCGUCAGUUGUUGGUCUCAUUGGUAAUAUUGGCCAAGCAAACUACGCUGCUGCUAAAGCUGGAGUUAUCGGGUUCUCCAAGACUGCUGCCAGAGAGGGUGCUAGCAGGAACAUAAAUGUUAAUGUGGUUUGCCCCCGGUUCAUUGCAUCUGACAUGACUGCCAAGCUUGGAGAAGACAUGGAAAAGAAAAUAUUGGGAACAAUCCCAUUAGGACGAUAUGGACAACCAGAAGAUGUGGCUGGCUUGGUAGAAUUCUUGGCUCUCAGUCCUGCAGCCGGUUACAUCACCGGACAGGCAUUCACCAUCGAUGGAGGUAUUGCCAUCUAGGGCAUUUGGUAAAAUCGGCUUUUGUUUAGGCAAAACGAUUUGGUAAAACAGACAAAGUUGAGUUAUUUCUACCACUUGGUGUACUACAAAAAAAAAAACUGAUUACAAUGGAGUUUUUCGUGUAAGUGUUGUCCUUGCUAUUUUUAGUUAGAGUGUGUACGUGUGUUUACAUUCAUGUUACACAGUUAAAAAGCAACUAAGAACAGAGGACACCAAAAAUAAGCAACCAAGAAACUUAUAGACACUGGGGAAAACCAAUAAUGUCUACAAAUAAGUAGAACUCAAUCUUUCUUUCGCCCUAUCUUAUCUUUUGUUACUAAACCUAUUCAUUCAACAAAAACUUGAAGAUAGAACAAAAGAUGGAUUCAGGACUAUCUUGGGCUGAUCAACGGGAUUACAACUCUGACCCUCCUUCAAAUUCAAAUAAAGAAGACGAUAAACAAGAAGGAAGAUGUAAGCAAAAGCAGUUUGGGGAAGGCCAUACUUGGCUUCAAAUGGGUCAAGGAACUUCGCAAGAAAUCUGAUAAUAAGUAAAUCAAAUAGGGUUUAUUGUUGAAGUUACAAAAGGAGCAUUGGUUCAUUUGUUUCUUGUGAUUAAUCCAUUAAACGUUGCUUCUUUCCCUUUGCCCAUUCUUCUGAUUCUAAUUGCCACAUCUUUCAAAGUUUUUUUAAAAAGUGUUGGCUGUGGAUGAUUGUGUAGACGAGCCAUUGCUUUGGUUCUUUAUCAAACGGUUCUUAGAUCUACAUUAACCAUUCGUGUUGCAAGAAAAAAACAAACUCAAACUCUCUGGAAAUGACUUAUAGAUUACAUGUUUUUCAAGAUGAAAAGACAUUCACACUUGGGCUUGAAGAGACAUAGUAAAGCAACUCCUCAUCGGUUCAAUUCUAGACAUAUCACUCUGGUCAAGGUUGAUCCAAGCUUCUAUGCCAUCACCUUCUUUAGUAUCACUGAAAGCUACCAAGUUCUUGUAACUCAUCCUUGCAGAAGCAACCCAAAAAGGUUUGCUCCAUCCAAAAUAUGCUUCAUACACUGGAAAGUUGCAGAGACUCAUGAAGCUGAAGGACACAAUAGCUCUUUCAUCUGAACAUUCGCUAGAUGUUAUCAACGUGUUUUAUGUAUUCGAGCAAACAACUUACAAAAAUAUAGCAACAUUUGAAAAGCUUAGAACAGAAUAAAAUAUGGUUUUAGAAAUAUCAAAUCAAAUCCCAACAUCAUCAUUAUUAUAGUUACGAUCGAUCGUAUGAUCUUUACCGUAACACAUUUGACUUUUCCUUUAGCUCAGUUUAUUUAUUUGGCUCUAGUUUAUACUUAUUUUUGUAUUGCAACUUAAAACAUAAAGAAAUUCCCUAGUUUUCUUUAAGUUUUUAUCACAAAAAUAGUUUUCACUGAUCAAAAUAAAUUUUAUUAAAAAUAAAAAUAUAUUUAUACUUAACUAAUCUAAAUUUGGAGUUUAAAGUUAAGGAAUAUGGUUUUAAAGAUAAAAUUUCAAAUUUAAAAAAAUUAAAAAAAAAUUAAAAU